AUGUCGACAAAAACUCAUUCCUCUUCUAAAAAGUACAAUCCUCCAACACCUGUCCGUCGAGUGAACCGAUUACCAAUGCAUGAUCGUACUAAUUGUCAAGUAACAUUGAAAAAUAUAAUUCCUAGUGUCCACGACCGUUUACAUGUGUUAAUUGAAAAAAUUAAAGAUUCAAAAAAUUCAUCUAUCCAAUUAUUACUUCAGUUGUACAAUCGCAAACGUUCGUUAAUGGAAAUAGCUCGUCGAAAUGAACCAACAAAUCAACUGUACCAUUGCGUACAAAUGGAGUUAUUUCAACAGCAAAUAUUCGAUAGUUUAUCAAAAAUUGUUCCCGAUAUGAUUUCAGAGGAACAAUCAUACAAAAAUCUACAGCUAUCAAACUGUUUAAUUAAUGGAAAUACUGUUGUUUAUCCCCAAAAAUUAUCUCCAAUUCGAACACGUAGUGCUAAAAUUGUGUCAUUGAAAAAAUCGUGA